AUGGGUACACUAUACUACACUCCUGCACAUGGGGUCAGUAAAUUGGUUUCGGAAACUCUAUUUAAUGGAGCUGCUGAAGGUACAGGGGUGAAUGAAAUUUUGAAAUGGGGCCGUAAUAUACUUGGAUACGACCUUCCCCAAAAUCUAAUCGACUACUUUAUCGAAACCCAAAACACCUUAUUUGGUUCAUACCCUAACCACGAUGACUAUGCUCCAAGUGUAGUGUUUGCUGUGCUAUUUGGUGUCAUUAUGGUUGUUCACAUUAUCAUAUUCAUUAUAAAUACAUCAAGAGGACAUUAUUUCUAUUUGUCACUUGUGUGGAUCUUUUACUGUAUGAUGAAAGUUAUCGGAUUCAGUAUUAGAGCAAAUUGGGCAAAAGAUAUAACUUUAAUCAUUCAAGGUCUUGUUAGUGAGAUUUUCUUGAUUGUUCCAGCAAUUAUUAUAGUUUCGGCAAAUUUGAUUCUAACACAAAGGUUAUUCACAUGGAGACACCCAGUCGGUGGUUCACGUUGGUUGUUUUGGAACUUUAUGUUUACGGCUUAUGCGUUUGUGGCCAUUCUUUUAGCUGUUACUAUUAUUGCCUCGGUGGUUCCGUACUUGUAUUUUUUGAGCUACAGUUCAUACAGAAGUUGGAUCCACACAGUACAGUUUACAGCAAUCAUGGUUAUCUUGUACUCAUUGACAUCGGUUGCAUUGAUUGGAUUGAGUUUCUGGUUACCAACGAAAAAGGAUGAGUUGAGAUAUACUUACCAACCAUGGUGGAUUGAAAGUUUUGCACCAUUUUAUUUUGUGGAGAAACAUGCCGCUCAAAAAGCUGAGCAUACGUUCAUGAAGAGAAACUCACAUCAUCGUCAUGCCACAAGGGUUAUUGCUGCAACUCACCAUCAUUUCCAUAGUAUCAAAGGGUUAACCAAUCAAAGGGGUACCCUUAAACACAACAUAUCUAUGGGAAUCCUCAUUGUGACAACUAUACUUAUAUUUAUUGGAGCAAUUGGAAGAGCUAUUGUUGUGUUUCAAGCCAGAUGGCACCUCUAUGCAAGUCCAGCAGAAAGUAAAUGGUUCAUGUAUGUUGUAUGGGGUGUGUUUGAGGUCAUCAUUAUGAUUUUGUACAUUGUUGGCAGAGUUGAUCUUCGUUUCUACCGUCCAGAUAGAUUACCAUUGGAGGUCAGACGUAUCAUUACCGCUGAACAAACUUACUACCCAAGUUCAGACGAAGAUGACGAUGGGUUCCACAGAGAUAGGCCAGAGACGUACGAAAAGAUGCGUCGUGAUAACAUUGAACAUGGUUACAAGAAUUCUGAGUCCAGAAUGGAACCUUCACACUUGUACGAAAGAGAGCCAGACUAUUAUGGCAUGGACGAAGACAAGGAAUCUCAGUUUGAGGAUGAUUUUGAUGAUGUUGAUUCUAAUGAUUGGGAUUUCACAGUACCUAAGAAUGAAAAAGAGAGCAGUGGCUCUGACGAGUAUAAUGAUGGAGCUUAUGGCCACGGUUUUGAUGCCAAGCCAUAUGACAACAAGAACAAAGAGGAUUUCAAUAAGGACUACGACCGUCAUGACGCACACUACAAUAAUCAGCACAAUCAACAUCCAUAUGCCCCAUAUCCAACGGAAGGCAACCAACGUGAGACUGAUGCAGACUCUGAGUUUCAUUUCUAG